CCCCGAAAAGCACGUUUCAAAUGUUUACUUUUAUUCUGAGGCUGGAGCUCAUCUCACGAAAACGCACAUCAAUCAACAACUUCGGGGCUUUGCAGACCUGUGCACGGUGCAGACCAUCAUCAUGACUUCUACACUGAUGGUUCCUGUUAUUGACGUCCGGAAUGACAACUUCAACGAGCUAUGGCCUGCUAUGGUUGUGGCCAUCAAAACAUCAACUUUCGUGGCCCUUGACACGGAGUUGAGCGGACUGGGAAACAGGAAGGCUCUGCUCGCCGAAUUCAUAGAAGAUCGAUACAGAGCCAUCUGUCAUGCAGCUCGUUCUCGCUCCAUCAUCUCCUUGGGAAUUGCUUGCUACAAGAAAAUGGACCAGAAGGUUCCAGAGACGUACCAGGUCCAACUUUACAACCUGACUCUGCUCUGUUCAGAGGAGUACACCAUAGAGCCCCAGUCUGUACGCUUCCUGGUAGAGCAUGGAUUUGACUUUAAUAAGCAAUGCAGCCAUGGGAUCCCCUACUGUAAAGGCAACAAUAAGGGAGGAGCCGAUUAUAAUGCUGUUAACAUCCGUGCGCUGUUCACUGAGCUGCUUCGUGCCAGGAAACCUCUGGUGCUGCACAAUGGCCUGGUUGACAUAGCCUUCCUUUACCAGAGCUUCUAUGCACAUCUGCCCGAGCGCUUGGCUACCUUCACGGCCGACCUGUCUGAGAUGUUUCCUGCAGGCAUUUACGACACCAAAUACAUCACCGAGUUUGAGCUGCGCUUCGCUGCAUCGUAUCUGGAAUACGCCUACAAGAAAUGUAAACUGGAUAACAGUCGCAGCAUCGCGGCCGGAGCAGCAGGACCUCAUGUUUACCUGGACUUUUGUCAGUUCUUCGGUCUCAUGUCUGCUUAUGUGGAUUACAUCCCGUGUUCUGCUGCUGCCACUUCUGAUGCACAGACUGAAGUCUGCCAGCGCUUCUCUGCAUUCGGCUGGUGCCCAAAAGGCACACAGUGUCCUCUGUCUCAUGACACAGACCUGAUCAUCUUCGAGGAUGAGAAAAACAGUCAUAAUAAGAAGAAAAAGAGGAAGAGGCAGAAAGAGAAGAAAAGUGCUGGAGUGGCGGACGAGGACGCGGUUGAUGGCGCACCCGAAAACAAAAUGCCCCACAUGGAUGUGGAUCCUGAGGAAAUGUCAGGCGUCCAGCAAGGACCGGCGGCUGAGUCAUGCUCACCCUGCAUGCCACAACUGGAGGGUGGUGAAAACAGCCAGACGAAUGAAGAACUAGAGGGCAAGAAGACAGAGACAGAGCACACACUCUCUGCAGCAACAGCCGUCAUCAAUAACAACACCAACACAAAUAUUGCCGUGGAAAGCAGAGCAGGAGGACCUAAAGAAAGGGUGAGCGACGUCCCAGCUGAGAGCAAUAAUCAGAAGAAGAAAGAGGAGGCGGGAACACACCGGGCUGGGUUUGACGCCUUCAUGACGGGAUACAUCUUUGCAUACUCCUGCACCCUCUGGAAGACGGAGAAGGCGGAACAAGCAGCAGGACAAACUGAGAAUGGGGAGGAGGAGCCGUGGCUCCCUACGUGUCUGAACAAGGUGUACCUCAGUGGUAAAACGACGGCGCUCAAUGUGGUGAAAAGCACCUUCACCAAGUCAUCCAAGGCCCACAUGCUGAAGAUGGAGAUGGUCUGGGGGGCACAGAAAUAGCAUGUGGACAAACAACCAAGCAGGCUCAAUGCUGAACUUUGAUCUUUUUUUUGUUUUGUUUGUUUGUUUUUAGUUCCUCAGCAAAUAAUUCUUUCUGACAUUUCCUCUGUUUGCCCAAACGCUAUUUUGGACCUGUAUAAAUUUGGGAAGCAUUGAAAUUUCCUUGUUGUUUCUUUAUUGAUGACUGCAAAACAUUUUAUUUUAUUUUAUUGUCAAGAACCACCAAAAUGCAAUUUUGUUAAAUUCUUUCAUUUUUGACCAAAGCACUUGAAAAGACAAAAUGAAAUGAUUCUGUAUCUGAGUCAACACCUGCUAAAGUGUCAAACACUUUGAAGAUUGAGCUCAUGAAGUGAUAAUUGAGCUGUUUUUUGUUGUCAUAUUAAAAAUGAGGAGGCCUUCACAGUGAUAAUUAUUUUAGGUUUUGUGAAAAUAUAACCGUACAGUAAAUUGAAUUUCCUUAUGGGGGA